ACACGAAGAGUAACGAACUAGUAACGAUCGUGGAAAUAUCAACCUUGUUUUGGGUCGUCGGUCGUCGGCGUCGUGCAGUUAUAUUUAGUAGUCGUGAACAGUGAAAAAGAUAAACGUUUUAAUAAUGACGACUGCUAAAAUUUUAAGAAUGAAUGAUGCAGAUACCAAUAAGUUUGUGAUAUUAUAUAAAAAUGAGCCAGUUUUGUGGGAUCCGUCGAGAGAGGAAUAUAAAAAACGAGAGUGUCGUGCAGCUGCAGCAAGAAGAAUUGCUGCUGAAAUGGACAUUCGUGGUUUCACAGAAGUCCAUGUAGUAAUCAAAUUUAAAAAUUUGCGUAGUUCCUAUAUGCAAGAACUAAAAAAAAUUAAGCAGAGCAUGAAGUCUGGUUGUUCUCCUGAUGAAGUGUAUACCCCUAAAGUUGGAUGGUUCACAAUAAUGGAUGGCUUUCUCAAACCACAUGUAAAAUCAAGAGAAAAUCAGUUAAAUUUGGAACCUUUCGUAUCCAUAAUUGAAGCUUCACCUGAAGAUAAUGAAACACCAUCUCAACAAUUGUACGAAAAAGAAGCAUCCACAUCUAAAGAAGAGAAAUGGCAAAGUGACUCUUUGAAACGAAAAAUUGAACCGAGUACUCCAACCAUAUUCCGUAAACAGAAACUAUCUUCGAUACCUGCUGAAAAUGAUGUUAAUUCUUCGACAGAAAAACUAGAUGAUGUUCGUAAAAGACCUGCUAAUGAUAGUGUAUCAACAGAAGAUUGUUUCGAUCAUUUUGGAAAAUAUAUUGCUUCUCUUUUACGAACUCUACCAGAAGAGCGAUCAUUUCAACUACAAUCAGAAAUAGUCUCUCUCAUUUUGAAACCGUCAAAUCCCAUAUAAUUAAUAGGUACCCUCUAUGCGGUCUUCAGUCAGGACAAAUUUAACGAAAAAUACAGAAUUUUAACUAAAGUGAACCACCGUCGAUAGAAAGUUUUCAAAACUGGACUCUAUAUUCUGUUUUUUUUUUAGAUGUAGAAGAUGUAUACAAAAAGAUCUCAUGUUCGAGUUAACUUCGGCCAUUCGCAAUUAGUAUACAAUGAUGAGUGCGCUAAAAACUGACAAAAGUGAUGAAACCAGUAGAGGUGGGAAAUUAUCGUUAGAACCUAUAAAUUUAUAUUACAUUACAUGAUAUUUUCCCACCUUUAGACUUCAGCUUAAGAACUCCUUUGCUUCACUCACAAUAAUUAUACAUAUGACAUUUAGUAGAAUAUUUUAGUUGAGUUAUUUUUAUUACAAGUUUAGCUUGAUUGAUAAUUAAAAUGGCUAUUAAUUAAUGAUUUUUUUACUAGCAUAAUAUUAUGUCUAAAUUGAUAUAAUUAUUAUUUAAACUAAAAGGGAUGUUCCCUAGGUUGGCUGUAUGUAUACCAUAUAGUUAAAAAACUCUAACAUGAAGUAAAAACCACUUCUAUUAAAUUUAUAUAUUUAUUAAAAUUUAAAAUCCCAAUGGAUUGAAUAAAAUGUGUCCAAUUCAGAACGUUUUCAGACCUAUCGGUCCAUAUCAGUGAAUUUGAAUACUUGCUAAAUAGCCCCAGAACCAAACAAUGUUAAAAGAUAUUACUCCAUUAAAAUGUUACAUUUUUUAAUCCGUACCAUGCAUUUCUUAGAGGAGUCAAUUUUAUUUCUUUAAUAUGUAGGGGGGUUCAGCAGAAGCUUAAGUUCAAGUUUUUUGGGGUCGCCACCCUUGUCCCCCGGCCGCCAUCUUGGAAAUGGGGUGCAAGGGAGUUUCGCGCUAUAUCUCGUAAACUACCAACCCUACGGAAAAUCUAAUUAAACAUAAAAAGUAGCAAUUUAAAUUUUAUACAAUUUUGUUUCUAUUACUUUUUAUCGUCAAGUGACCAACAAAAAAGAUAUAAACAAAAAUAUGUAAAAAUUUUUUUAACAAGUUUCCUUUUGGAGGUUAUAACUUUUUUUCAGUUCAUUUUAAAAUAAAAUAACAUUUUAGCAAUUUUGUAGAGGGUUUUUCAGCGAACAAUUUCCACUAAAAAGUUGUUUAAUUCUAUUUAUUUAUAUAGGUUUUACAGCGCUCCAAACUUGACCAGAUUCUCGAAUGCUCAUAGGGAUACAAUAAAAACAAAGGUUAGGCUUACUUUUCUAUCUAUAUAUAUUUUUUAUUCAUACAAUUUAUUAUAAUUUUAACAUUCCUAUGCUAUUAUUAAUCUGUUUUUGACCUUUUUUCCCAUUAUAAAACUUAUAACCCUAAGCAUAUCGACGCUGCCAAGGCAAAACGGCAUAAACGCCAAAAUGGCCAGUUUUGAGGUAGAUGCACGAAAAAAUAGGAUUUUAAUUUCCGCACCAGACAGUCACCGCGGCAUAACCGAAAACAAAGUGAAAUAGGUGUAAUAUUGGUUUAAAGUUUUUAUAAACGCCAGUCUAGUCACGCACGUGAAGGUCGACGUGAACAAUGAUUGACACAACCGCCAGUGCCCAUAAGAUUAUCAUUGUGUACAGUUCGGUCCAGUAAUAAUAGUAAAGGUAUGUAUUUUUACAAUUUUUAUGGAUAAGUAAUAUGAUAUUACUUACCUCUGCAAUAUUUUCAAUUUGUAUUGAUUUUUGAAGCGUAAACACCCUGAAUUUCUUUAAAAACUAUGAGGCGUUUAUGUCAAAACCAAAUAUUUACAUCGUGGUUGACACAAGCGCCAUUCCUCAAUGGUAUUCUUAUGCAGGUUUCUUUUUUAAAAAUUGCGCAAAUAAAAAGUUUAGUUUAAAAUGUUUUAUUAUAACUUUGUACUAGUGUGAUGAACAAUUAUUUUUGUACUACAGCAUAUAGUUCAAAUCAAUUUUAUAUAGCUAAAAAUGGCGAUCGAUUUUUGGCGUUUAUGCCAUAGUAUUUUAGCAGAAGUAAAAAAUAAUGGUCUUACUAAAUGAAAAUAAGUCAUAUACCGAAGUAGCACAAAAUGAUAUACAGACUGGCAAUAAUUCCCCUAUAUUCCCCUUAGAGGUUUAUGACAUUUAUAAUGCCAACAUUGCAGAAGCUUUUAGCAAUAACAUUAUCAUCUUUGAGGAACCACCAGACGUUGCAGCAGAAGAAUAAAUAUUUAGUCACGAUCUCACAUCAUGUUUCAACUUGCAGCAACAGAAUUGAUUAUUAAACCAGAGUAUCAUGCAGAAUAUUUAUCUCUAAAAAUGAACAACAUAGUUCCAGAUCAACUGGAUGAAACAGAUGUACAAGAUGAAACGGAGAGAAUUUUUUUUUAAAUUGUUUAAAAGUUAAAAGUUGUUAAAUAUUUUUCUGUUAUUUUUCUGUUUUUUUUUACUAACUUUUAUUUUGAACUAU